AAGAGCUGUGGCGGCGGCUGCGCCGGGCUGUGUGUCUCUCGCCGCCGGAGGAAGAUGAGGCUGAAGAUUGGGUUCAUCUUACGCAGUUUGCUGGUGGUGGGAAGCUUCCUGGGGCUAGUGGUCCUCUGGUCUUCCCUGUCCCCGCGGCCGGACGACCCGAGCCCGCUGAGCAGGAUGAGGGAAGACAGAGAUGUCAAUAACCCCAUGCCUAACCGAGGAGGCAAUGGAUUAGCUCCUGGGGAUGACAGAUUCAAACCUAUGGUACCAUGGCCUCAUGUUGAAGGAGUAGAAGUGGACUUAGAGUCUAUUAGAAGAAAAAACAAGGCCAAAAAUGAACAAGAGCGCCAUGCUGGAGGAGAUAACCAGAAAGACAUAAUGCAGAGGCAGUAUCUCACAUUUAAGCCUCAGACAUUCACCUACCGUGAUCCUGUGCUACGCCCAGGGAUCCUUGGUAACUUUGAACCCAAAGAACCUGAGCCUCAUGGAGUGGUUGGUGGCCCUGGAGAGAAAGCCAAGCCAUUGGUUUUGGGACCAGAAUUCAAACAUGCAGUUCAAGCCAGCAUUAAAGAGUUUGGAUUUAACAUGGUGGCAAGUGACAUGAUCUCACUGGACCGCAGCGUCAAUGACUUACGACAAGAAGAAUGCAAAUAUUGGCAUUAUGAUGAAAACCUGCUCACUUCCAGCGUUGUCAUUGUCUUCCAUAACGAAGGAUGGUCAACCCUCAUGAGAACAGUCCACAGUGUAAUUAAAAGGACUCCAAGGAAAUAUUUAGCAGAAAUUGUGUUAAUUGAUGAUUUCAGUAAUAAAGAACACUUAAAAGCAAAACUAGAUGACUAUAUUAAGCUGUGGAAUGGCCUAGUGAAGGUAUUUCGAAAUGAGAGAAGAGAAGGUUUAAUUCAAGCACGAAGUAUUGGUGCCCAGAAGGCUAAACUUGGACAGGUUUUGAUAUACCUCGAUGCCCACUGUGAGGUGGCAGUUAAUUGGUAUGCGCCACUCGUUGCUCCCAUAUCUAAGGACAGAACUACAUGUACUGUACCUCUAAUAGAUUACAUAGAUGGGAAUGAUUAUUCCAUUGAACCACAGCAAGGUGGGGAUGAAGAUGGUUUUGCCAGAGGGGCCUGGGACUGGAGUUUACUAUGGAAACGUAUUCCUCUAAGCCACAAGGAAAAGGCCAAAAGAAAACAUAAAACUGAACCUUAUCGGUCCCCAGCCAUGGCUGGUGGGUUAUUUGCCAUUGAACGAGAAUUCUUCUUUGAACUGGGUCUCUAUGAUCCAGGUCUCCAGAUUUGGGGUGGUGAAAACUUUGAGAUCUCAUACAAGAUAUGGCAGUGUGGUGGCAAAUUACUGUUCGUCCCUUGCUCUCGUGUCGGACACAUCUACCGUCUUGAGGGUUGGCAAGGGAAUCCUCCGCCCCUUUAUGUUGGGUCUUCUCCAACUCUGAAGAAUUAUGUUAGAGUUGUAGAGGUCUGGUGGGAUGAGUAUAAAGACUACUUCUAUGCUAGUCGUCCUGAAUCAAAGGCAUUACCAUAUGGGGAUAUAUCUGAGCUGAAGAAAUUUCGAGAAGAUCACAACUGCAAAAGUUUCAAAUGGUUCAUGGAAGAAAUAGCUUAUGAUAUCACCUCACACUACCCUCUGCCACCCAAAAACGUCGACUGGGGAGAAAUCAGAGGCUUUGAAACUGUUUACUGCAUUGACAGCAUGGGAAAAACAAAUGGAGGCUUUGUUGAACUAGGACCCUGCCACAGGAUGGGAGGGAAUCAGCUUUUCCGAAUCAACGAAGCUAAUCAACUCAUGCAGUAUGACCAGUGUUUGACAAAGGGGCCCGAUGGAUCAAAAAUUAUGAUUACACACUGUAAUCUAAAUGAAUUUAAGGAAUGGCAGUACUUCAAGAACUUGCACAGAUUUACUCACAUUCCUUCAGGAAAGUGCUUAGAUCGCUCAGAGGUCCUGCAUCAAGUAUUCAUCUCCAAUUGUGACUCUAGUAAAACGACUCAAAAGUGGGAAAUAAAUAACAUCCAUAGUGUUUAGAAAGAAGAAAAGAAACCAAUAACCUACCUACUGACACAUAAAUUUAUACAGGACUGAAAACCGCCUGAAACCUGCUGCAACUAUUAUUAACUCUGUACAGCUCCAAACCCAGAACCUCCUGAUCAGGUUGAAGGACAUAGAUAAACUGUGAUUUUACGAUAACAUUAUCAUCUGCAGUUACUGUUUACAAAACUGCUUUUACCUUAAACCUUGUAGAUGUUUACAUCUUUUUUUGUUUUGUUUUAAGCUGAUGUUGGUAAUUUGUGCAUUUAGCUCGGUUUUAUUUAGAACAGAGUUAAAAGCAUUGUUGUCUUCUUUGGGAUUACACUCAGGGGUCUGAAAGGCAGUUUGAUUUUUUUUUUUUUAAACACACUUGAAAAAAGGUUGGAGUACCAGACUUUCAUAUAUAACUUGGUGAUUAUCAACCUGUUGUGUCUUUAUUUAAUUUUACAUCCUUUUGAAGCACUGCCACAGGUUAUUAGCCAAGGUGGCCUUCCUUCACAGUCAUGCUGCUUUUUGAAAGGUGAAUUUCAACACAUUUAGUGCCUCUUUCAUUUCUCAGUAUAUAUUUCAAGAGCUUUUAAUGAAAUUUAUAGGAUGGUAAUGAUGGAAUUGUCACCUUGUGAGGAAUACUUUUACUACUCAGAAAUGAAUUUAUGUGCUACCAUUUGCUCUGAAAUUGAAUGUUGUAUGGCUUGAAAAAGAAAUGACAAUAGGGAACAUGCCAAGGCUAUUCCAUUGGGUUUGAAGAUUGUAUGGCAUUAACUCCCUUACUGGCAUUCCCAAGGCUGUCUGUCAAUACCAACUCCUCUGAUAGCAAGGGGGUCUACCAACUAGAGAAAAAUUGUCCGCUUACAUUUAGGAUUUCUUUUCUCCGGUACCUGUCACUAUAGAAAACUAUAAAUAAUUCUCAGUUUUGAAACCUUGAAACAGGGGUAACAAAAACAACAAAACACCACUGUAAAAACAUCAAAGGGUCAUCCUGACCAAGGUAAGAAUUUCCAAGCCCAUAUUAGAUUAAGCCUUACAAAACUCCUGUGCAUUAUAACCUAAGCUGUGCAACCUAUGACGCCACGAGUGAAUGGAUGUUUCAUUUGUAUCUUCAUCCAAAUGAAAUUCCCUGCACAUUUUUAAAAUUUAAAAAAAAAAGGCUAUUUAAAAAUACAGUUCAUUAACAAAUGUGAACUCCUUUCUUUUAGAGUAGGUGUUAGUUUCCUAGUGUUUCUUAAUUUUUUUUAGGAAGCAUAUUUCUAUUAGUAUUUUUCCAGUGAAAAGAAGACUUGUUUCAAGUUAAACAUUUAUUAAGACAGUAUCUACUAUAGGAAAACCAAAUACUGCAAGUGGUCAAUUAGAUUUUAAGUUCUAAAUAAAUUGUCUUUUAUUACCCAAAAGAUUAAAAUGCUAUGUUGAGUGCAAAAUUUUAAAAACAUGUGAUAAGGUGGGGAAUGGCAAAUAAAUUAAGCAUUUUUGAUCCUAUAAUCAUGAUAUCAUUACAAUGAAAGGAAUUCACAAACUACUGCUAGAGGGAAAUAUUUUUAAUUAAAGCUUAAAAAAGACAAAAACUACAUUUGUUUAAAAGAAAAGCCUACAAAUUUGUUUCUUCCAAGCUUCACUCUUAAAUUUGGAGAGUCAAAGUUAAACAUCCAAAACAAAGUUUUAUUUAUAAUUUUGCAUUGUCAAUUUGUAUUUUGCUACUGAUCUGUGAUCAACCAUUUUAACUUUCAUUCAUCUCUAGGGAUGUUUAAAAAAGAAUACAUUUAUAUGCUUAUAUAAUUACAAAAUAAAUCAACUAUAAAAAAAACUAAGAGAAUUGGUACUUUACUUGUGUGUUUGCAAAUAGACUCCAUUUUCCUUGUUGAGUAGAUUAUAACCUUCUUAACUAUGCAUAGGCCUAAGAAAGGUGGCACAUAAACUGUGCAUGUAAAUUUUAAAUGGUUAUUUGUGCAAUUCAUUAAGAUACUCUAUGAAAGUGAUUCUAUAUGUUGAAAUCAGAAACCUUACCAAACACAAAAAACAUCAGAAGCUGCUGCCAUAAUGACUAUUUUCUACUGUAGGCUGCUUUGGAAAUAAUUCCCAUGUCCUCGCUUUGUAAGUUGAUAAUAUCACUAUGCAUUUCUACACAUUUUAUAAAUUUGAUUUAUGCAGAUUUUGAUACACUAUGUUUCUGUAGAAAUUGUAUAAAUCUUCAAAAUUUUAUUAGGGAUAAAUUUGAGAAGUUUAUGUAUAUCUCAAUUCUGGGUUGCUUGUUUUUUAGGUGAGAAAAAAAUAAAAUACUGUAUUUUAAUCCAUG